AUGCAGUUUAUCAUUCCUCUUUUGCUCGUUUCGACACCUUCCCUGCUUGCCAUUCGUGGAAGUGACGAAGGCGUCGAUCAGUGAGUCAUUUCUAUUAUAUUGUAGAAGAUAUGAACUUUGAAUUUGCAGAAUCGAUAUGUUUCGUGAAAAGCGACAAGCUCUUCCGGAAUACAGAAGAUGGACCAAUCAAACAUUAAACUACUACUUCGAUGAAGAACUCCGUAAGAACAAUUCAAAAUUCCCUCAAAUUGUUCACUUUCCAGCGCUUGAAAUGCAGGCAAUGUUCCGAGAUGCGUUCAAAUACCUCCGCAGCCACACGUGCAUCAAAUUCCAGGAAACUAGAGAUACCACGUUCACAGUACGCAUACGAGAAGACAAAAUCAAGCAUUUGUGUAAUGCGCGCUUCGGAAUGCAGCAAUACGUGCAAUCCCUCCGAUUCUCAUUCGACUGUGGAAACGUGGGAAGCUUUAUUCUGAAACUUGUUUAAAAUGUGAAUUACAGUGGGGAGUAGCUGUCCACGAGUUGAUGCACACACUCGGAAUUGCUCAUGCUCAAGCUCGUUCUGAUAGAGAUGACUACCUUAUCGUUAAUUCUAAUGAUUACAAUGAUGAAUUGAAUCCGAACACUUACAAUCCAGUCCCAUUCGAUUACGGCAGCCUUAUGCUGUAUGAGCGAAAGUGAGUUCAAAGCACCAAGGCUCUCUGAGAUUGCUCCUAAACUUUCACGCCACAAAGUACUUUUUGUCGCCCUCCUCUAAAAUCCCUCAUUUUUGGACACACAAACUUUGCCGGCUUCUUGGACUUGUAUUGAAGUAGUUGGGGCAAUUGCGUGCAAAACCCGGCCGCAGCCAUUUUAGCACAGAAUUCGUUAAGAGUGGAAAUUUUACAGAGAAGGCAGAAUACCUCGAGAUCCGGAAUACAACUACACGAUGGGAAACCUUCGAGUCGCUUUCUACGACAUGAUGCUCCUGAACAUCUUCUACAAGUGCAACUGCGACAGUCAUCCUAAACUGGAGUGCCAGCACGGAGGAUACCAGAAUCCGGCAAAGUGCGAUGAAUGUCUGUGCACAGACGGGUUCACUGGAAAACUGUGUGAUGCAAUGGAAGGCCAUGUUGUGGAAGCUUCGACUGAAUGGAAAGCGUCUGGCUUCGUCAGAAAGAGAAGAUCAGGAUCAUUGCCGGACACAACGCCUGUUUUAUUCUACUUCCACGUCACGGUUAGUGUUUACUUACCUUACUCUUAAUCCAAUACCGUAUUGUUUAGGCACCACCCGGGGCUACGAUCGAAGUGAGACUGACACAACUGUCGGGCUUCUUCUGCCAGAACACUUGCGAUUUUAACGGUGUCGAAAUCAAGUACAAGGAGGACAGACGGAUCACGAGUCCUCUCGUCUGCUGCGACAAUGAUAAUCUGUGGAAUAAGACUCGAUCCACUACGAACAGUCCGCUUGUGAUUGUGAAAUAUGGAGAUGAUCGAGGACCUCGCCUCGAGUUCGAAUACCGAUAUGUUCCUGGAAACGGAACUGCGAAAACUGCUGAUUUGUUGAAUAAUACUAUUGGCCAAUAA